AUGAAGAUUGGUGGCACUGCAAUUGCCCCCCUUUUAAAAGAACAUCAUGCACAUAAAAUCCUCUGCAACAACCACCUCAUUCCGCCGGAGAUGUCGGAGCACAAACGCAUCACGUGUCACAGAAAUGCCAGGUCACGUGACAGGAAACAAAUGGCUCGUGUCAAGUCGAUCCCUUUCCUCGAGACGCCAGAUGUUCCCGUUUUGUGUCUCUUCAUCACGUUUUGUUUUCUUUUUAUACUUCGGAAAACGGGGUUUAAAGACAAAGUGGAGAUUGGAAUGAAAAUAUGGUUUUUCGAUGCGGAGGAAAAUUGUCUGAUGUCAGCUUGUUCACCUUUUGGGUACUUGUGUGCACAGUUCAGGUCGUGUCAGUAUGCUUGGUGUAUUUUCGUUCACGUUGAGUACGAGCUAGUUCGUGUUUUGAAACUUCUACAUGAGGCCUUGAAUCGCUCUGGAGACCACUACAGCAUUGAGUAUGGUGGCUCCCAACGCCGGAGUUUGGGUUCCUUUAAGAGACAGUUGCAAAGCAAUGAGAGCAACAGCAGCACACUGGAGGCAGCAAUGUUGGAUGGAUUCCUGACUUCCCCAAGUAAACGUCGGAGGCACAGUGACAGCAACAUGACUUUGGUUCUCCCAACUCCUCGAGGCAAUAUGAAGGGAUCACUCAGUCUGGAGGGAGAAGCCAGAUGUGAUGCUUCUGAGGGCAAUGUAGCAGGUACCUCAGGGAAUCCAGGGACUCAGGGAUCACCAGGGAUUAACUUGGAGUGGACUGAUCCUUACACUCCAUCCCCUACUUCAUCUGCAUCUUGUAAAUAUGUGACCACCCCAACUUCUAGUCAAGACGAGCAACAGACGAGUUCAAAAUCAUCCAAUGCUGCUAAAAUCAACCUUAGCAGCAAGUUAGAAACUGCCAGUGUAGGAAAUAUUGUAAGUGAUAGUGCAAUAAGAAAUGUGAUAGUCAAAGUUUCCCCACCUGUGACCAGUAGAGUUGUAAGUGCUGGAACAAGUGUCAAGGGUAGUGAUAUUGGUAGGUAUGGUUAUAGUCCCCAACAGAUGUCAGUUGAUGCUGAUGAAGAAGGGGACAAUCAGUCAAUCAGUAGCUUGGUUAAAAGUCAAGAUAGCAUUGACUUAGCUAGUGUAUUUUCUGAUGAUGUUGGAGAGACCUCAGUGAUGACAGACUUGAAAGAUGAAAGACCAUCAUCGUCUGCAGGUGUUGCAGGGGAAAGUGACAUCAAACGAAGCAGGAAGAUGUGGUACAAACACAAGUAUUUUUCCACUCCAGUUCAUGAUGAAGGAGACAAGCGACUUAAACUGGAACCAAAACCCUCAUUUGGACCACGAUCAUCCUCGCUUCCUCUGCCAGAGCCUGACCGUGAAGGGAUAGUUUCACCUGAUUUAUUCCCAAGCCCUGAAGCAGAUCGUAGUCUUCCUCUCAUCACUGUUUCUUCUCCAUCAGAUCAAGCCAGUGAGUCACAAGUAUCUGAUGAGACUAAUGUUACCAUUGUCUUAAGUGGCAGCUCGGGAGAACCAUCUGACCUUGAUGUCAUGUUAGUAGAUGAACUUCCAGCAGACCAUGCUCUAUGUUCUGAAUCCCCUCAGUCAGUGAGUCCCUCAAUCCCAAGACCUUCAGUAAUUUGUGGACCUCCACUUGUUACUGCUUUACUAGACAAAGAUUCAGGAACUGGUUCUGAAGUGAACACACACUCGGUCAUCUCAUCCCCAAGUGAUUCCUCCAACAGCGAUUCAGCAGGGUCAGGACGCAGUGUCCCUCCACUGAAAUCUCCAGUACCCGGUAACUCCCCAAAAGUAGUAGACCUUGUAAGUGAUAGUGACUGCACACCAGAACUAGAAGACUUGUUAAUACGCACGCACCAGGUCACAGGAGUCACAGUGAAAACCCAGGAUUGUUCGGGGAGAUCUUCGUGCCUCAAGACCACAAGAAGGAGAGAUAAUGAAGUUGAAGUUGUGACUUUGGAUCAGCAACGCCUAUGAAGCCAGAAUUUCUGGCAAUCUUUAACAGCCUUUAACCCAUCCAACACAUUGGCAUCCAUCCUUGCCAUGGCAAAUUAUGGACCUAAAGACGUUUGGCACCAUAGCUCGCCUGUCCCGCACUAUAGGCUUAUCAGACGGAAAUUGUUUAUCGCCUCUAGUAACGGCAACAAUCGUAAGGUUUAACCUUCACUUUUUAAAAGUUUUAAAAUGAUGACAAAAUAAAAGCUUUUAGGUGCCUAACGUCCGCAAACUAAUGAACGAGCCAGUUGCAAACAGAGGAGCUGCCGAUCAGCGCCAACAAUCCCGUCUGUGUGGCCACUAGCCAAAAAGACAUUUCCAUUGUGAAUGGGGGUUGGUGCUGAAAAGUUUGACUCAGAAGAGAGUUGUAAUGUACUAGGCAUUUUAAAACACCAUGUUGCUAGGUUUACAAUGCUAUGUCUUAAGGGUGAAUAUCUGUAAAUGAUGUUAUAUUCAAACAUAUAACAGGUUCAGCUAUUUUUUGUCACAUUUUGGCAUUCUGAGAUAGUUUUUCAAAUACUUUUCUAUUUAUUUAUCUUUGAUAAAUGACUUUUGCUCUUAUCAGAACUACUGUAGAAAUCAUAAAUAUAUCCAGUCACAAAAUGCAGUGUAAUAGACUCUAGCAUUAAAAAAAGUGAGCUCACAUUUGAAUUUUCACAAUUUAAACAGAAGCUUAUAUCUACAUUGAUGGUCACAAUGUAUGCUAAACAGUUAUGAUGGUUCACAUUUUAAAAGGGAAUGGCUGCAUAUUUGGUAAUUUGAAUUGGAAGGUAAUGAAAAUAGCACAUGCUUUAUCCAAGGGUUUAUAAAAGGAUACAGUGGAAUGCAGGAAGCCUAUUUAUAAUGAUUGAAACUUGGUCAUGUUCAAAAAGUUGGUGAAGUGUUUUUUGUUAACUUUUGAGGAAAUUUAAAUAAUGUGCUAAAAUGUGAAGUAUUGUGUAAAAUCUAAAUUAUUUUUGGUUUAUCUUUAUUGUUAUCAUUUGCAUUGACUGAUCCAUAAACAAAAUUUUUCAGCUAUUGCAAAGAUUUGUUAGCAUUUAUUAUACAGGGUUAGUGCAAUUCAAUAAUUAUUUACUAUUUAAGGUCAGUAGCUUAUUAGAUAAUGUAUAUAUAUACUUAUUGCAUAGGCAUAAUACUUGAUGCUUUAAUAUACAAGAUCAAAAAAAAAAAAAAAAAAAAAAAAAA